CAUUGCUAUUGCAUCUCACCACAAAAAUGGCGGACGACGAAGAACCCCCCGCCCUCGGCGCCGCCCCUCCCGCGGCCGCCUUUUCGACGGGAGGACCCCCUCCCCCCGCGGCCUUUGCCCGCCCCCCCGCCGCAGCUCCGCCACCCGUUCCCGCCGCGGCCGCCAGCGACCUGAAUUCCCGCUGGAAGCAGUACGAAUCGGAAAAGGCGAGCGGAAGCACCAGGGACGCCCACGAGAACUACGACCUGUACGAGACCCCCGAGAAGCUCAAGCGGUCCUCCUCUACGUCGUCCUCGUCGUCGUCGGCCCGCAACUCCCUGGCAGGGUCCUCCCGGCAGCUCUACGGGGAAGCCACCGCCAACCCCUCCACCGCGUCCGAAGAGCCCCGCAGGGCCUAUUCCUUCUCCAAGAGCAGCUCGUACGACACGAACGCCCUCAUUGCCAAGUACGCCGGCGUUUCGGGGGUAGCGGGAGGCUCUCCCCCCCGCAGCAACAACAACAACAACAAGGCCCCCUCGUCUUCGGUCCUUCCGUCUACGGCGCGGGCCGAAGCCAUGCAGGUCCUGAGCAUGGCCGACAACCGGACGGCGACGGCGGAUCCCAAUCAGCCCUUUCAGGUCCGCCGCACCGAGUCGGGGGGCUUCCGGGCCUCGGCCUUUGAUCCCUCCGUCGAGGAGCCCUCGACGUACCGCUUCCAGAGGUCCUCCAGCAACAGCCGCCGGACCCCUUCGGCCCUGAAGGGACUCGGAAUGGGAAGCGGAAGUGCAAGUGCAAGCGGAGGCUCUGCCGGCAAGCCCGACUGGAAGUCCGCCCGGUACUCCUUCCGGGAUCCGCAGUUCCGGGACGACGACUGCCUAGAGGAAGAGGACGAGAUCGUCGGUCCGGCGGCGGAGGCCUUUGAGGACGAGGUGGAGGUCCGCCCCAAGGACUCCUUCCGCGGGGACUUUCCGGCCCGCACGUCGGCCUGGAGCUCGCGAUACUCGGACGAUCCCAAGCUCUCGAGCGUGCUGGAUCGCUACGAUCGCUCCCACUCGGGCUCCCACUCGGGCGAACACUCCGGCCAGAGAACGGGCGCCCGCGGCAUGCUGGUGAGCACCGCUGCCAACGUCAGCGACAGCGUCCGAAACUUUGGAGACAGCGUGUCCAGCCGCAUCAGCGAGGCGAGAGAGAACGCCAAGAACACGGGCUUUGGCAGCGGGAAGUUCUCCUUCAAGAAGAACCGAAUCAAGAAGCAGCAGCAGCAGAUGCAGAUGCAGGGCCUCGUGGGAAGCCCCUCCCGGCCCGGGGCCACGGGAUCCACCAACCUCCGCACCGUCUGGCAGGACGGAAGCGACGGUAUCGGCUACCACGACGACGACGGAGACCAGGGCAUCACGGGCGGCAGCGGAAAGCACAAGAGCUGGGAACAGGUCAUGCGCGAGAAGAAGCGCCGCCGGGUGGUGGGCCUCUCGGUGCUCUGCGCCCUGGUGGCCGUGGUCAUUGUCGGGGUGUCCGUCUCGCAGACCGCGUGGCGGUGGAAAUACAAGAACCUCUGGGGCAACGGGAACACCCAGCUCGAGGUCACCUUCUACGCAACCUCCAACUCCCCCCUGGGAUACGGAACCAGCGAGGAACAGCUGGCCGCCGACCUGGCCAACCUCCCCGGCGACGCCGACUUUGUGGCCCACCUCGGAAACCUCCAGGACGCCUCGGUCAACAUGUGCCCGGCCUCGCGCAUGCCGGAAAUGGGGUCCCUCCUCCGCUCCAGGAUGCCCGAGAACGUCCCCCUCUUUAUCGUUCCCGGCGAGCACGACUGGAUCCGCUGUCCGAACCAGCUCACGGCCCUGGCCCGGUGGAUGGAGGUCUUUGCCACGUCGCCGCUGGAAGACCAGGCCGCCAGCGACGACGACUACACGGCCGAGCCGGCCAUUGCCGCCCUCCAGGCCCUCGAAUUCGACCGGCCCAAGACCUCUCCCGACAUUUUCUCCAAGCUCCACCACGGCGUCCUCGUCUUUGGCCUCCACCUGGUCCAGGGCACCGUCACGGACGGGAUGGGCAUGCAGGAGCAGGUCGUCCGGGACGAGAAAAUGUCCAUUUUCGUCAAGGGAACCCUCUCCCGCCUGGAGGGACAGUACCGGGCCAUCGUCAUGCUCGGAAACGCCCGCCCCGGCCCCCGCCAGCAGGGCUUUUUCGAUUCCAUCUCCGAGCCGCUGGCGAACGCCAGGGUGCCCGUCGCCUACGUCCACGCGGGAUCCUCCCUUUCGGGCAAGAGCGAUCCGGGAGGCGUCGUCCACUACCCCUUUGGCAAAAAGAAGAAGCGCGGGGACGGCCUGAGCGGGAUGGUGGCCAUCCGGGCCCCCAGCGGUGGAAACCACGAGCCGCCCCUGAAGAUCACGGUCGGCUUUGGCAAGCACCUCUUUGGGGUCGGCAGCGGCGACGACCAGUAGAGCCACAGGGAACCGGUGGGAACCCAGAAAACCCCAUCGCGUCGCGUCCAUAGCGUUCUAUGC